GGACCCAGGACAUGAGAAUUAAAGUUUAGAUAAUCUUUUUUUUUUUUUUUUAAAAAAAAAAAAAGAAAGAAAGAAAGAAAGAAACAAGCGAAAGUACGAGAAUACCCUCCACUCUCGAAACAUCCUUAUAAAUCCUCUCCCAGAAUCCUUAACUCUCCCAUUCCACUUCCCCAUUUCUGCUUCCGAUUUAUAUAUACAAACUCUUAAUUCAUUUUCACUUCAAAAUUACAAAGGAAAAUUUUGAAUUUCUGAGAUCCGGCCAAAUAUGUUGGGCAUAUUUAGCAGUUCGAUCAUGUCGCCGCCGGACGAACUGGUAGCCGCCGGCUGCCGGACUCCGUCGCCGAAGAUAUCGUCGAGGGCACUGGCAAAACGGUUCGCUGAUUCCAACGCUGCCGCCGUUUCUCUCCAGAUAGGCGACCACGUCCACCUUGCCUUCACUCACCACAACCAAUCUCCCUUGCGCCCCAGAUCAUUUGCGGCGAAGGAUGAGAUAUUUUGUUUAUUCGAAGGAGCCCUUGACAAUUUGGGAAGCUUGAGGAAUCAAUACGGCCUUCCCAAAUCCACCAAUGAAGUUCUCUUGGUAAUCGAAGCUUACAAAGCUCUUCGUGAUCGAGCUCCAUAUCCUGCCGACCAUGUUGUCGGCCAUCUCGCCGGCAGUUUCGCCUUCAUCCUCUUCGACAACUCCACCUCCACUCUCUUCGUCGCCUCCGAUCAGAUCGGGAAAGUGCCUUUGUAUUGGGGAAUCACUGCGGAUGGAUACGUUGCAUUUGCCGAUGAUGCUGCUCUUCUCAAAGGCGCUUGUGGAAAAUCCCUCGCUUCCUUUCCUCAAGGAUGUUUUUUCUCUACUGCGGUGGGAGAAUUGAGAUGUUAUGAGAAUCCGAAGAACAAGAUUACUGCUGAACCUGCUCCUGAAGAAGAGAUUUGGGGAGCAAAAUUCAAGGUGGAGGGGCCAACUGCUGUUUCAGCCACAGGUUUAGGGUUUAACAAUUUUCCAAUGGAGAUUUCAUAGAUCCACUUGGAGGAGAAUGCAAGAAUGAAAGGCUUCUUUUCUUUGUUGUGGAGUAAUAAUGUGGUGAAUGGUCUUUUAUCUCAGUUAGGGCAUUGUAAAUAUGAGUGUUUUUAAGGUACAAAUUUGCUUGGUUUAAUUCUAGACUCUUGUGUUUUUUAGGCAAAGAGCAGAGCAAUGUAUAUAUCGCCACUACCAUACCUGUUCUGUGUUUAGGCCUUUUCUUUUAAUAAAAGUGUGCGUCUUUAAUGUGUUCAAUAA